CUUCGAAUGGCUAAAAGUUAUUGCUUUCUUCUAUAAUUUAAAAAUUUAUGUUAAGAAAUUUUCAUCAAACCCAUAAAAUGGCUACUCUAGCUGUGUCGGGCCAUUUCGCUGCAAGAAUCUUAACGAAACAUGGCGCAAUGGGGCUUGUUUACAUCCCUUCGGCGCAGUACAGUUCAGAAGUCAAACCAAAUCUGGCUGCUUACAAACGGGGCACGGGUGGACGAAGCAGCUUCAAUGGCAUUGUUGCAACCGUGUUCGGGUGCACUGGAUUUGUUGGUAGAUACGUGUGCAAUAAACUUGGGAAAAUUGGAUCUCAGAUGAUCCUCCCUUACCGAUGUGACUUUUAUGAUGCUCAAAGACUAAAAGUUUGUGGAGACUUGGGCCAAGUAUUAUUCAGCCCAUUUGACUUGAGGGAUGAGGAAUCUAUUGCAAAAGCAGUACGUUAUUCAAAUGUUGUGAUCAAUCUUAUUGGGAGAGACUAUGAAACUAAAAAUUUCAAGUAUAAAGAUGUACAUGUGGAUGGUGCUCGUCGACUGGCAAGAAUUUGCCGUGAGAUGGGAGUAGAAAGAUUCAUCCAUCUUUCUUAUCUUAAUGCUGAAGAAAACCCUAAACCAUUGGUACUUAGCAAACCAUCCAUGUACAAGAUAUCUAAAUUCCAAGGAGAGUGUGCAGUUAGAGAAGAGUUUCCCACAGCUACUAUCAUCCGUGCCUCAGAUAUUUAUGGGUCAGAGGAUAGGUUCCUAAGGUGUUUUGCAUCGAGCUGGAGGCAUCAUGCUCAACUGUUCCCUUUGUAUAAAAAUGGAAUGGCUACAAUUAAGCAGCCAGUGUUUGUAUCAGAUGUUGCACAGGGCAUUGUGAAUGCUGCUCGUGAUCCUGAUACAAGAUGCAUGACAUAUCAGGCUGUUGGGCCUAAAAGAUACCUAUUGGCAGACCUUGCGGACUGGUUCCACGGUCUCAUGCGAAAGGACAAGGAACUUUGGGGCUACAGACGUUACGACAUGAAGUACGACCCCGUAUUCCCGCUCAAAAUAGCUCUGGUCAACCUUAUUUCGCCGGCUUACCCAUUCGGCAAUCUUCAUUGGGAAGCAAUCGAAAAAGAAGCCACGACGGACAAGUUUGAGAGCAACAUACCAACUCUGGAAGACUUGGGCGUGAAUCUAACCAACAUGGAAGAUCAAGUGCCAUGGGAAUUGAAACCUUUCCGUGCCUAUCAAUACUACAUGGAUAAAGUUGGAGAGUUCGCCAAACCCGAACCGCCGACGCCUCAACCAUUCUAAUUUCACGUAGUUGGGAAUAUCAAGCAUCUACUUCCAAUCAGUGGAUUAUUCUUGUGUCUCUUAACGAUGAAUUUACCAGAUUUUGUUUAUCCAAUAUUAUGAUAAACCAUAUUGUAAUGGCAAUGAGUGAACAUUUACAAUGGAUUAGCA